CACACCGAUGGAGCCCUGCCGCGGUGCUGCCGGUUGGCUGGGCAGCCCCGGUGCAGCCGGGCAGGCCUCCGCACCCACCACCCCUUAGUCACCAGGGCUGGUGCCGGCAGGGAGCCGGGGAGCUGCAGGGAAGAGGGGGAUCUCGCCCGGGGUCUACCCCGGGGACACGCGGCUGCAGGAGGCAGGAAACACCCGGCGCAGUGUGGGGAGAAACCUCCGCGGCUCCGCCGUUCCCGUGUUUCCCCACUUGUGCACUCCCUGUUCCCGUUUCUGACGGGUAAACGCUGCUUUCUGACUCAGCCCUGCCCUUCCUCUGCUCACAGGAGCAGCAAGGAGCUGCUGUUGCAGCCAGUGAUCAUCAGCAGGAACGAGAAGGAGAAGGUCCUCAUCGAGGGCUCAAUUAACUCCGUGCGCGUCAGCAUCGCGGUGAAGCAGGCUGACGAGAUCGAGAAGAUCUUGUGCCACAAAUUCAUGCGCUUCAUGAUGAUGAGGGCUGAGAACUUCUUCAUCCUACGCAGGAAGCCUGUGGAGGAGAAGAAGAUCUUCAUGGUGCAGGGUCCCUACCCUGUCAUCCGCAGCCUGCUGCGGGCCCGGGGCUGGGUGGAGAGGAAGUUCCGUGGCACAGGCAAGGCGGGCGGCCGGCCGGAGCAGCAUCAUGGCAGCCAGGAGACGCAACUGCAGGAGAAGGAAAGUGAUGGUGACGGUGCUGAGCAGGAGGAGGCAGGGUUGGACCCACAGCCAGGGUUAGAUUGUGGUGGGGCACAGCCAUCCCAGGGGACAUCAGAGCCCCUGCACUCCCCAUCGCCACCCGAAGAGGAGGAGAAGGAGGAAGAAGAGCAAUGGGAUAAGGACCCUGAAGCCAUCCACAACCUCAUGUCCCGCCUGGUGCGGAACCAGGUGCCAUAUUUCAUCUGGACCAACCGCUGCAACGCCAUCGACUGCCGGCUGCUGCAGCAGGACCAGGUGGUGAACCACUAUGCCCGGGUGGGCGCCUUCACCACCAAGGAGGGGCUGUGCCAAAACCUGCGAAACCUGCCCUGGUUUGACCAAGCUGACCCCGACACCUUCUUCCCCCGAUGCUACCGGCUGAGGGUUGUGGAUGAGCGGCAAGCCUUCAUCGAAGAUUUCCGCCUGACAGCAGCCCGCAGCCUGCUCAAAGUGGCCAUGGAGAGGGCUGGGGACGGGCUGGUGGAGACAGAGCAGCCCCUGAAAUCCAGCGAGGGGCCAGCAGGGCCGGGGCCCCCUUUGCCCCCCCAUCUGGUGGAGGAAGCCCUGCAGGUCUGCAGGCAGCACCUGGGCAGCCUGGGGCACCAGGACAUCGACAGGGACCCCUGUGCCCCACAAGCCAUGGGCACUGACUGGGACCGCUUCCUGCAGGACUACUACCGUGUGGUGCACGAGGGGGCCGGGCUGGCACUGAGCGGUCCGCAGCGGGAGCAGUGCCAGGCUCUGCUGCAGCGCCUGGGCAGGGGCCUGCCCCAGCUCGGCAUGGAGGGCUACCACAACGUCUGGAUCCUCAAACCCGGUGCCAAAUCCCGUGGCAGGGGCAUUGUCUGCGUGGCGCAGCUGGAGGAGGUGCUGCGGCUGGCGGGGGUCUGCGCGUCGCCCUCGGCACGGGUGGGCGAGUGGGUGGUGCAGAAGUACGUGGAGCGGCCGCUGCUCAUCUUCGGCACCAAAUUUGACAUCCGGCAAUGGUUCCUGGUGACGGACUGGAACCCGCUGACCGUCUGGUUCUACCAAGAGAGCUACCUGCGCUUCUGCUCCCGGCCCUUCUCCCUCUGCCACCUGGACCCCGCCCGGCACCUCUGCAACGUCUCCAUCCAGAAGCGGUACAGGCUGGUGCAGGGCCGGCACCCCCGGCUGCCCCCCGACCAGACCUGGUCCUGCCAGCAGCUCCAGGCCUACCUGGCUCAGGUUGGGCGGGCGGGCGCCUGGCAGCAGGUGAUGGUGCCCGGCAUGAAGGCGGCGGUGGUGAGCGCCCUGCGCAGCGCCCAGGACCUGGUGGAGCACCGCAAGAGCAGCUUCGAGCUCUACGGGGCCGACUUCAUCUUCGGGGAGGACUGCCAGCCCUGGCUGCUGGAGAUCAACGCCAGCCCCACCAUGGCCCCCUCCUCGGCGGUGACCCGCCGGCUGUGUGCCAGCGUCCAGCAGGACACGCUGCGCGUGGUGAUCGACCGCAGGGACAACCCCGCCUGCCCCACGGGUGCCUUUGAGCUCAUCUACAAGGAGGCGGCCGUGCCCGUGCCCCUAUAUGUGGGGCUGAAGCUGAUGGUGCGAGGCUGCUCCCUGAAGAAGCCCAAGCUGGCACAGCACCAAUUACGGGGCAAGCCCCCCACCGCUGCGCCCCGUGCCCCCCAGCCCCUUGUGACCCCCGGCAUCUCCAGCAAAGCCACCAAGGUCCCCCAACAAGCCAUGGCGCUGGUGCCAGCAGCACCAACUGUCACCAGCUCUGCUCAGAAUGGGGAACACUGCUACCCCCAGCAACGCUGUGGGCACGGGGCAGUGGGGGACGCAUCCCUGCGUGCCAAGAAAAGAAACGGGUACUGA